AUGACCAUCCUAAAACUACCCACUUUCGCUCCAUCAACUCUCACAAAUGCCGCGUCGCUCAUUCGUAUUCUUGCGCUGGCAUUUAUUGCCGGCGCUGCCAUCUCUUCCCGUCUCUUUGCCGUCAUAAACUUCGAGAGCAUCAUCCAUGAAUUCGACCCAUGGUUCAAUUACCGUGCAACACGAGUGCUCGCUUCUCAGGGCUUCACGGAAUUCUGGAACUGGUUUGAUCCCACAGCAUGGUAUCCGUUAGGCCGAGUUGUUGGGGGCACAAUAUAUCCUGGUCUGAUGGCAACCUCUGGUGUCAUCUACAAUAUCCUUCAUGCACUGCACUUGCCCGUUGACAUCCGCAAUGUAUGCGUGCUGCUCGCGCCAGGCUUUAGCGGUUUGACAGCGUGGGCCACGUAUAUGUUGACCAAGGAGUUAAAAGAUGAAUCUGCUGGACUGCUUGCUGCCAUCUUCAUCGGCAUUGCUCCUGGAUAUAUAUCGCGUUCUGUUGCUGGGUCGUAUGACAAUGAAGCCAUUGCCAUCUUCCUGCUCAUGAUCACCUUCUAUAUUUGGAUCAGAGCGCUGAAAGAUGGCAGUGUCCUGUAUGGGACCCUUGCCGCUGUAUUCUACUUUUACAUGGUUGCAGCUUGGGGUGGAUACGCGUUCAUUACGAAUAUGAUUCCUCUGCAUGCUUUCGUGCUUCUUUUGAUGGGCCGCUUCUCCCAUCGCUUAUACUCCGCUUAUUCGGCUUGGUAUGCCGUUGGCACACUUGCCAGCAUGCAAGUCCCUUUCGUUGGCUUCCAACCUGUGCUCACCAGUGAGCAUAUGGCGGCCCUUGGUGUAUUUGGUCUUCUUCAGCUCGUGGCUUUCGUUGAGACUAUCAGGAACCUUCUGGCAUCUAAGCAAUUCCAGUUGAUGCUACGCUGGUUCCUCAUCGCCGCUGGAGUGGCCGGUGGACUCAUUAUCGUUGGACUCACAGUGACGAAGACCAUUGCGCCAUGGACUGGUCGUUUCUAUUCGUUAUGGGACACCGGCUAUGCCAAAAAGUACAUCCCGAUCAUCGCCUCUGUCAGCGAACAUCAGCCAACUGCUUGGCCAGCGUUCUUCAUGGAUCUUCACAUGCUCAUCUUCCUAUUCCCUGCCGGCGUGGUUCUUUGUUUCAAGGAAUUGCGUGAAGAACACGUUUUUGUGAUUAUCUACUCCGUGAUGGCUUCGUAUUUUGCAGGAGUCAUGGUUCGGCUUAUGCUUACUCUCACCCCGGUUGUUUGUAUGACCGCAGCCAUCGCUUUGUCCUCCUUGCUCGACACAUAUCUCAACGUGGAUGAACCGGCUAACCCAGACGCUAAUGGAGUAAAAGAAACGGCCACUUCUGGUGCGGAAACUCCUGUGGAUGGGACUAUAUCAAAGAAGAAGAAAAAGGGAGUGGCUGCUGCUGCUGCUGCGGCCGCCGUCACCCCGUCUAUCGCCACGAAGGCGAAAGGACGGUCAUCAGCCGAGAAUGGCAUCUUCGGUAUCGACACUCGCAUCUUGGUAAUCGGAAAUGCAAUCUUCAUGCUGGUCAUGUUCGUGUUACACUGCACUUGGGUGACUUCUACCGCCUAUUCCUCACCUUCCGUCGUAUUGGCCUCGCGUCGGCCCGACGGAUCACAAAAUAUCAUUGAUGACUUCCGAGAGGCGUACUAUUGGCUUCGUCAGAACACGCCACAGGAUUCUGUGGUGAUGAGUUGGUGGGAUUACGGAUAUCAGAUUGCUGGGAUGGCGGAUCGCCCCACUCUUGUUGACAACAAUACUUGGAACAACACCCACAUUGCUACUGUUGGCAAGGCAAUGUCGUCUCCCGAGGAGAUAUCAUAUCCUAUCCUGCGCAAGCAUGAUGUUGAUUACAUCCUCGUCAUUUUUGGUGGCCUGAUUGGGUAUUCGGGUGAUGACGUCAAUAAGUUCCUGUGGAUGGUCCGUAUCGCUCAAGGUGUUUGGCCGGACGAAAUAAAGGAGUCCAAUUACUUCACACCACGGGGCGAAUACAAGGUGGACGAUCAAGCAAGCGAAGCGAUGAAGAACAGCUUGAUGUACAAGAUGAGUUAUUACCGAUUCAACGACCUCUUUUCUGGUGCUCCCGCUUUCGACCGAGUCCGGAACCAGCAGAUGCCCAAGGAGGGACCAAAGUUGGACUACAUUGAGGAAGCAUUCACAUCGGAAAACUGGAUUGUGCGGAUUUACAAGGUGAAGAAGGAAGAUCCGCUGGGACGAGAUCUGAAAACCGCCCACGCUUUUGAUGGUGGCAAAAGGCGCAAGCCUUCCAAGCCGAUCUCACGGAGAAAGGCGCUGGCUGCGUAGCAUGAGCAUACUGGUAAUAUAGAAUGCAAUUAUAUCCAUACCCAGAGC